GACAGAUACAAGGCAUCAAGUCCGACUGGAAAAUAAUGGAAAGUAUUGUCGCGCGCAAAAUAACUCAACGAAAGUGUUCGUAUGGUGCUCUUUUUGAGUAGAUUGGAAUGUGUGGCGUCUACAUAUGAGAAUAAGUUGACAUCAAAGGAGCUCUGUGACAUUGUGUAUGGAUGUGGAAUUUGGCCAAGAAAUGCUUGAGAAGAUACUGAAAAAGAGGAGGACCCAGCUCUCGGUGCCAGGCGUAAUGCAGGGUCUUGAAAUUCACUUUUAUUAUGAUGACAUCUACCCACUGGUAUACCUCAAAGGCCGCCACUCUGCGGAAGAUUUGUGCACCGAGAUUGCCAAGAAGUUUGGUAUAUCUCCACUCUGUAACAGUCUGUUCGCCCUGUACAAUGAGGACGAUAAAAUAUGGUAUCCUCCCAAUCACAUCUUUGAGAUAAAUGACGCAACUCCCUUAAAACUUCACUAUCGCAUGAGGUUUUACUUCGCCAACUGGCAUGGAACGAAUAAGAACAUUCCAGCUGUGUGGAGGCGCACGCUGAAACGGAAUGGGUCACACGGCACAGCCCUUCUGGACGUUGCUUCGCUGGCUUACCUUUACGAACAGUGUCAGUAUGACUUUGUAAAAGGCCAUGCUCCAGUGAGAAACACCACGAAUGAAGAUGACAUCCAGCAGAUAGAAAAUGAGUGUUUGGGCAUGGCCGUCAUGGCUAUCUCACAUCAGGCUAUGCUGAGAGAUCUGCCCAUCCAGAAGAUAUCCAAGAAAAACAGGUAUAAGAACUGCAUUCCUAAGAAUAUGAAAGACGACAUCAGCCACAGGAGUAUUCUCACGCGCCAGCGGAUUUCCAUUGUCUUCAGACGCUUUCUGAAGGAGUUCAACAGCAGGACCAUCCAGGGUAACAACGUGACCCCGCAUGACUUGAAGGUCAAGUACAUCUCCACGAUGGAAACUCUGACCCAGCACUUUGGUUCUGAGCUCUUUGAGCCCAAUUCUCUCUAUGUACUGGACAGUGAGGGGACACACAGUGGAACGGCCGGGCCAUUCCAGGUGCUCGUGUCGGGGAACUUUGGUAUUAAGUGGCGCAAAAAACCUUCAGAGACCCCUGUUUCAGCAUCAGACAUCCAAGGGAGGAACAGGUCUCAGAGGAGGAACAGAAGUGGUUGGCAGGGUCAACAGCUGACAAACAGCGCAAGAAAUGACGACUGGACUGUAUUUGCCGAUUUCCACGAGAUUACUCACAUUGUUAUCAGAGAUUCUGUGGUCACGGUUUUCAAACAAGACAACAACAAAAUGGAGCUGAAACUGUCAAAGGAGGCACAGCCCUUGUCCUUUGCCAGCCUGGUGGAUGGUUUUUUCAGGCUGACUGUAGAUGCGCAUCACUUCCUGUGCACAGACGUGGCACCUAACUCUGUAGAGAUUAAGUUGCGUGAUGGCUGUCACGGUCCAAUAAGCACUGAUUACGCCAUGCACAAGCUGAGACAGGAGGGCAAUGAGGUGGGCAUGUACGUUCUCCGCUGGAGCAGCGCCGAAUACGACCACAUCCUCCUCACUGUCAUCUGUGAAGAGAGAGAUGCGUAUGGAUCCGAGCUCACAAAGAGUUUCAAGAACUUCCAAAUCAAGGCGUGUGCGGACGGCUAUCGUCUGUGCGGCACAGAUAUACUGCAGCCAACCCUUAAGGCUCUGACGGAUUACCUGUCCGGACAGUGCCUCAGAUCGGAUCAUGUGAGCCUGCGACUCUCCAGAGGCUGUCCACCCCAGCCCCGAGAGGCCUCCAACCUGCUGGUGGUGACAAGACCAGACGCGGCUUCACCUCCUCCCCCAGACUGCCAUGUUAUCUUUCACAGAAUUCACAGUGAAGACAUAAUUCAGAUGGAGCACCUGGGGCAUGGCACCCGUACCAAUAUCUAUGCGGGCAUGCUGAGGGUCAGGAGUGAGGAUGAAGAGUAUCCAGGGGAGAGAGAGUCUCCUCAGCAGGUGAAGGUGGUGCUGAAGGUGCUUGGGGCCGGACACAUUUCUGCAUUCCUGGAGACAGUCAGCAUGAUGCGUCAAGUCUCCCAUAAACAUAUAGCUCUGCUGUAUGGGAUUUGUGUGCGUAACAUGGACACUAUCAUGGUGGAGGAGUUUGUACAUCACGGUCCGCUGGAUCUCUUCAUGCGUAACCAUCACUUGUGUCUCACUCCUUCCUGGAAAUUUCAGGUUGCUAAACAGUUAGCAAGUGCUCUCAGCUAUCUGGAGGAUAAGAAGCUGGUCCAUGGGUAUGUGUGUACCAAGAACAUUCUGUUGGCCAGAGAUGGCAUGGAUAACGAAAGUGCCCCCUUCAUCAAACUGAGUGACCCGGGUCUGCCCAUCACCGUGCUCUGCAGAGAGGAGUGUAUUGACAGGAUCCCUUGGAUUGCUCCGGAAUGUGUGAAGGAUCCCAGAGCCUUGAGCAUUGCAGCAGACAAAUGGGCAUUUGGGACAACCCUGUGGGAGAUCUGUCACAACGGAGAGGUGCCACUCCACGGCAAAAAACUCACUGAGAAGGAGAGGUUUUACGAGGCUGAGUGUGCCCUGGUGACUCCAGACAGCAGUGAGCUGGCUGAUUUUAUCACCCAGUGCAUGAACUAUGACCCCAGGAAGAGACUGUUUUUCAGGGCCAUCGUGAGAGACUUGGACCGACUGGAAGAGCAGAAUCCAGUGAUGGUGACCAGUACCCUUCCCACUCAGGAAGUGGAUCCAACCAUUUUUGAGAGAAGAUUCCUCAAGAAAGUCCGAGAUCUGGGAGAGGGCCACUUUGGGAAGGUGGAGCUGUGUCUGUACGAUCCCCACGGUGAUCAGACAGGUGAUCUGGUGGCUGUGAAGUCACUUAAAUCUGAGAGCGACGGGCUGGAAAGCAACAACCUGAGGAGAGAGAUCAACACCAUGAGAGAGCUCUACCACAACAACAUUGUCAAAUAUAAAGGAAUGUGCAACGAGGAGGGGGGAAGAACCAUUAAACUGAUCAUGGAGUACCUGCCCUUAGGCAGUCUGAAAGAGUUUCUCCCCAGGAACAAGCCUCAAAUAGACCUGAAGAGACUGCUACUCUAUGCUGUUCAAAUAUGCCGGGGUAUGGAUUACCUGGGAUCCCAAAACUACAUCCACAGAGAUCUGGCAGCCCGUAACGUGUUGAUGGAGAAUGAGAGCUUGGUGAAGAUCGGAGAUUUUGGCCUGACCAAGAGCAUCAAAGAAAACGAGGAUUAUUACAGAAUGAGGGAAGAGCAGGACAGCCCUGUCUACUGGUACGCUCCUGAAUGCCUUAUUCACCGCAAGUUUUACAAGGCCUCCGAUGUGUGGUCCUUUGGCGUGACACUGUACGAGCUUAUGACCUACUGUGAGCGGAAAAGCAGCCCGCCCGAGAUUUUCUUGAACAUGAUUGGUCGAUCCCAAGGUCAGAUGACCAUGACCAAACUGGUGAAAGCUCUAGAGGAUGGUUGGAGGCUGCCACACCCAACCUACUGUCCAGAUGUGGUUUAUGCACAAAUGCAGAAGUGCUGGAGAAAGGCUCCUGAGGAUAGGGUGGAGUUCAAAAGCCUUAUUCAAGUGUUUGAGGACCUCAUCUCCAAAGAAGAAUUCCUAUUUUAAACUCUCUGGAAAAGGCUCAAACUGAUGGUGUUUUUCUCCGUGAGCCCUAAACAUUCACACAGGAUCCCAUCAGCCGUGACAAAAGAGGUUAAAGAGAUAGCAGCAUGAGACAAAUGUUAUUUGAAUAAUAUUGAGUGACAUGAGCUAUAGACACUGCUUAGCAGAGUAUUUUGGGGCUGAAAUUGAUAUUGUUGCAACUCAUCUGUUAGAACCAAGCUAUAACUAUAGCCUUCUCCUAAGGGUGCGUUCAUGCCUUUGGUUUUUGUGGGAAGCAUAAAUUUUUCUCUUGUUACUCUGAUGAGCCAUCAAAUGCUGUGAUAACAUGCUUGUGAGAAGACAUUUCAGUAAUAAUGCAGAGACGUGUAUCUGGGAUAUUUUAACAUAAGAGGCAGUACAAAUGACAAUAUAUUUUUUAAUCACUAUUAUGAUUAUUUAGCAGAUGCUCUUAUCCAGGGAAACUUAUGAAUUUUCUAUCAAAUUACACCUUUCAUUCUUAUUUUUAUACACUUAACGGUUAUUGUUAUGUUGUCUUGCAGUUAAAAAAUGUUUGUUUUUAUUUCUAGUAGUUGUAGUGUGUGGAGUUAAAUGUCUUUAAGUGCAGUAGGGCAGAGUUUGAAAGCAAGAAUAUUAUAAUUAUGAAAGAGAGAGAGACAGAGAGAGAGAGCACACUGCCAGGCAUAAGGAAAUGAUAAUGUUCUGUGGUUUCUCUCAUUCUUCAGGAAUGCAGAAGCAGAGCAAGGUUCAGUGCAAUAAAGACCACAAUAGUCAUUUUUAAUGAAAAUGUCGUUCACAUAUAAGAGCUUCCUCUGUAAAUACGACUGACCAUGAAAUGAACGUGUUCAGCUGUACUUCAGAGGAGCUUAACAUGUAUGAAUAUGUAUAACUUUAACUUACGCUCCCUACAUUUAAAAAAAAAAAACAACAAAAAAAAACAACUAAUAAAGAUCUGUGUACAAA